GUUGACCAAAACCUCAGACACUUUCCGCGUGAUCCAUGUCUUACGCACCCGCCUUCAAGAAACCACAAACGACGCCGUCGUCGGUUACCGUCUCAGUCCAUUUCAACGCACGUAUCGUCUCACCCAAUCCGACCCUCGUCGGCGGUGAAACCAAAGGCCUCCCCGUUUUCAGAUCUGAUCUCCGUUGGGAUCGGCGCUCGUCGGUCCUGGGAGAUCUGAUUUCAGGACUCUACAUCUAAUGCGACCUUGAUUAGUCGGGAUUUGGUGAUUUCUUUUCCGUUCUUUCUUCUUCGGAUUGGUCGUGUUUUGGUCGCUGCUGGAUCCGCGAUGAUGUCCGACGUGACGGUCCCGUCCAGGUACGUGAAGCUUACCAAGGAUCAGGAUGUGCCUUUGGAGGAGAUCCGUCCUGGGGAGCUCAAUCAGCCGGUUCGCGUUCCUCAGUUGGGGGUUCACAGAUGUGCCGAGUGCGGGCAACCCCUGCCUGAAAGCUAUGAACCCCCUGCUGAUGAAGCUUGGACCACCGGGAUCUGUGGAUGUGCUGAGGAUCCUGAGAGCUGUCGGACUGGUCUGUUCUGUCCCUGUGUGUUGUUUGGGCGCAAUGUGGAGAGGCUUAGAGACGAUACACCAUGGACAACUCCCUGUAUGUGCCAUGCUCUCUGUGUUGAAGGUGGUAUUGCACUUGCAGUUGCUACAGCAGUUUUCCAUGGUAUUGACCCAGAAACAUCAGUUUUGAUUGGAGAAGGAUUAGUCUUUACUUGGUGGAUGUGUGGUAUCUACACCGGUAUAUUUAGGCAAUCACUACAAAAGAAGUAUCAUCUCAAGAACUCUCCAUGUGACCCUUGCAUGGUCCAUUGCUGCAUGCACUGGUGUGCUAUCUGUCAGGAGCACCGGGAAAUGAAGGGUCGGUUAUCUGAUAAUCAUCUCAUGCCAGUGACUGUUGUCAACGCACCACCUGUGCAGGAAAUGAGCAGUCAUAAUUCAGCGGACUCUGAGGCUGGUCCACAACAGAGCCAGCUUGCUGAAUUGAAGACACAAGCAUUAUAGUUUAGUUGGUUUUCAGCAUAGAUGUUUUUAAGAAUGUGAGGCACAAGAAAGAAAACUGAAAGAUCAAUCUUCUUUAUACAAUUCUUUGUUGUUGAACUAAGACAUGUCAAGGAAUAUUUCCAAUCUUUUCAGCACCCAAGAAGAGUUCAUUUUUGUUUA